AUGCGGCUGCCCCUGGACUCCACCUGCCAGCCUCUGGUCCUGGGUCUCGAGAAGGAGCUUUUGGGUGUCGUGGUUCCAUUUGGUCGACAGAAGCAGGAACAGGAGCAGCAGCAGGAGCAGGAUCAACAGGAGCAGGAGCAGCUGGACCCCUUAACACACCACUACCGGCACCAAUUGACUGCGUCCUCGCCUCGCGCCCGCCUGCCUCGCCGCUGCCGCUGCCGCCGUUGCUGGGAGGCGGACGAUUUCAGCCCACAUCUCGGCGCAAUCGGGGCAGCUGCAACUGGGGCAAUUGACUGGAACAAGUCCCGAGGAGGUCGUGGUCGUCUCGGCGGCCGCCCCAACCCAACGCUCGUCCCCACGGCUUCCACAACGGCACCGCCAGCACCCCCUCCGAAUCCACCAACGCAGACUGCCGCCGUAAAUGCAAAUGCAUCGGCUAGCCGCCAAUUCCCGUCCCCGCCGCUGUCCUCGCCAUCGCCAUCGCCAUCGCCCUCCCCAUCCCAGCAGCCCGCAUCGUCCUUCACCUUCACCCCGACCCCGACUCUCCCGUUCCCGCUGCCAGUAGCCGCUGCCGCCCCCGCCCGCGAGCCGCGUAGAAACAGCCUGCUGCGAAGGGGCUUCGGUAACCCCCCAGAUUCGUUUCUGCAGUCGCCCUUUCGCACGCGAGGCGCUGCUGCCUCAUUCAACGCCGGUCCCUUCCAAUCACCCUUGCGGCGCCUCUCUGCUGCUCGCCUGUGGAACCCGGCCAAUUCGACUCCGCGAACUCCACCCUCUGCCUCUACCGCAUCCUCACAAGCGCCAGCCCGCAGGAGACGUCGUCCCUCCACGCCGCCUCCGCCGCCCGUCCCGCUCUCGCACUCUGCCGUCGGCGCUGUCAGCGGCCCCGCCGACUCCGACCCCGUUGGCUCGGGUGCCGGUGAUUACCCGCUGCUGACCAUCCCCGAGCAGCGUCAGAACCGCCACUCCAUCUCGAACCGGGCCAGUCUCCAGAUCGAGCGUAGUGCGGGGGGCGAACAACGAAUUAGCCUCCCGCCCUCUGUCCGCCAUUCGUACGACGAAAAACGCACGAGCAUCACCCCCUCACCCGUCGAAGAGCCGAAGAAGACGCAGCUACCUGUGGCCCAGAAGUGGCCUAAGACGAGGACACCAGACACUGAGGACCAGCAGGUUUCAGUUGGUAUCACCUUUGAGCCUGCGUCUCCAGAACGACCAAAGGUCGACAAGGGGAAGGGAAAGGAAGUCAUGGCGCCUUCAGAAGACGUGAGCGGCCACGAUAGGGCGGGCUUCUCACAGGACUUGGAGCGCGGCCCAGACCUCACCAACCAGCGUCACUCGACGGCCUCGCGCAUCUCGGGCAUUGGAUCGGCCAUCUCGUCAAGCAACUCGUCAAUCAUGGGGGACCCAGACCAGCAAGCCGACGGAGGCGAAGACUGGGGCCCCCAGCACCCGUGCUACCCCCAUCUAAACCCGCACGUCCCCGUCGACUCGCCCGAAUACGCGACUACGCGCAUCAUCCGGAUCCGCCGCGACUGGCUGCUGGAGGGCGACCUGGCGCCGACCUUCUCCAACCUGUACCCCGAGAUUCUCGACCCGGCCGGGGUGACGGAGCAAGAGUUCCGCCGCGUCAUCGAGAAGCUCAACAGCGAGCUCGUGCCCAUCUUCAGCCCCUACAACUGGCGGAACAUCCUGGACGGCAUGCUGGGCCUGGCCACGGGCUGGCUCUGGGAGGACUUUGGCCUCACGGGCGCCAAGGCGAGUCUCCGGAAGGUCGAGAAGUGGAUCGAGCAGUGGAACCUCGAGAUGGAGAAGACGUAUGGCGCUGACGAAGGCGCCGUGCCGCCCAAGAUUAUACCGCUGCGGAGGACCGGCUACAUGGCGCUUGAUAUCCAGAUUCCCGAUCCCGAGAUCGCGCCCGCCCCGCCGAGCACGCCAGGCGCCUCACGGUCGGGCAUGCCCGCGGAGCCUGCUGCGGCCAUAACGGCGUGA